CAGCUAAGGCGGGACGGGGACAAAGGAUUGAUAUGACUUAAGAACUGAAGUGGCUCAGAAGAUCAUGCUUUCGUUUCGUAUUAUCCUCAGAUGUGGAGCGGCUAGACAAAGAUUUGGUUACAAGAGAUGUCUAAGUGAACAGAGAGUGACGCCAGAGAGCCUACUUGAGGAGUAUAAUGAGAAGAUUACCACAUUACACAAGCAGUUUGCUGGUCGAACUGUCAGCCCAAGGUCAGUUUUCACUAAUUCUGAGCUCUCCCUGAGGUACAUUAAUGUGUAUGGGUUUGACUAUGACUUCACCCUCGUCCAAUACACGCCCGAAGUUAUGAAACUCAUUUACGACGAGUCUAAGAAGAGACUAGUCAAUAAGCUUGGAGUAAGUACCUUAAUUUAA